AUGUCUGGUCAAAGGAAUCUAACGGAGUCGGCGGCGAUGUUGAUGAGAAAUGGAGAAAGGGAAGCGGAUACGGAAAUGGAAAUGGAACGCACUUGCUGGAUAUGCUUUGCCACUGAGGGGGAGAACCGUCGUGCGAUAUGGUUGCAUCCAUGCCAAUGCCGUGGCAGCACCAAGUGGGUGCACGAGAGUUGCCUCUAUCGUUGGAUCGAUGAGAAGCAGAAUGGCAAUUCACGAAUGAAAGUGUCUUGCAUGCAAUGCCGUGUCGAAUAUAUCAUUAUCUUUCCCACGGUCAGUCGACUGGCCAUCGUACUCGAGGGCUUUCAGGAUCUCAUCCGACAGUGCAGUCCAUUUGUUGCCGUCAGCGCCUUUUUGGGUUCCGUCUAUUGGACAGCUGUCACAUAUGGCGGCAUUACAAUCCUGCAGGUAUUUGGCCAGCAACGUGGCAUGGAAUUGAUGGAGAGGGGUGAUCCCAUCUUUCUACUUGUCGGUCUGCCAUUCAUUCCAGUUGCCUUGAUCCUCACGCGCCUCAUACGCUGGGAGGAUGCCGUGUUGCGUUUGUGGCACAAUCGUCAUGUAAUUGUGAGAAAAUUGCCGCUGAUCAAUUGGUUAUUCGAUGCCCAGAACGAUGCUGCUGAUCUGGCAACGCCAGCGGUACCCGAAGAGCCCAUCGACUUUGCCCGCAUCUUUUGUGGCGCGAUUCUGCUGCCCAGCGUUGCCACCCUGAUGGGUAAUCUCAUCUAUCGGCACAUGACAACGCCACUUCAUCGCACUCUACUCGGCGGACUCACAUUCAUUGGGGUGAAGGGCAUACUCAAGAUCUAUCUGCGACAGAGGCAAUAUCUCAACAAGACACGACGUCAUAUCGUUGACUAUAAUGAGGAAAAUCUGCGCAUCUAUUCAAACAAUCAGCCCCAGUCACGAUCUCUGGCAACUCUGCGACAACAUGCGGGCUUCCAGGAUCUUGAUUCUGAAUAUGAGCAGGAGGAAGAGGAGGAGGAGGAUGAAGAUACGCACGAGAUGACUUCAUCAUCAUCGUGUCGCCAUUUUGGAUCCCAGCAAAUUUGGAACAAACGCUAA